AGCACAUUUAUUCCUCGCAUAAACCUGUAUCAUGAUGUGUCUGAGUGCGCUUCACUUUGUUUGAGGCGGAAUCUGGGAAGCAGACUUUCGUUAUCUCUGAUUCAAAUUUGGCUUCGAACCCGGGAUCUCUUUGAAGAGCCCGGAAACAGCCUCGCACCAUCUUCGAAGUCUACCACCACGACCAGCAUGCCAGUUCAAGCCGACGUUCCGCCCUACUCGCCUCCGCCUGUUACGCAGGAAGAAUUGGAAUACGCUGAUCUGCCAGUCAUCGACCUGGAGUCUAAGGAAGACCAGGUGGAGAAACUGCGUGAAGCCUUGAUAACGCACGGGUUUUUCUACGUCGUUGGACAUGGAUUCUCCCCUUCAGAGAAGCAGAGAAUCUUCAGUAUCGCUGACGUUGCUUUUACUGGCGUCAGCGACGAGGAAAAGCGUCAAUACGAAGGAUCCAUGGAGAAGACAGGUUCCUUCCAGGGAUACAAACUUCGUCAAUACUGGCACAUUGAUAACGGUGUACGGGACCAAGUAGAGAUUUACAACAUGAAUCGUGAUUUGACAAAGCGGCGGCAUCCUGAGGCCUUACGUCCAUACCUUCCUGAGAUCGAGGCAUUUGGGAAACACAAUCACUUCAACGUUCUGCACCCCAUUCUGCGGCUUUUCGCACGGAGCCUAGGUCUCCCAGAAAACGCUCUUGUGGAUAUCCAUAAUUACCCCGCGGUCGGAGAAACUUAUGUUAGGUUCAUGAAAUAUUAUCCACGACCUGCUGAAGACGAAGAGAAGGUGAACAAUGUCUGGCUGAAGGGACAUACUGAUUUUGGUACGAUGACCAUCCUAUACAGCCAGCCUGUGUCGGCGUUGCAGAUCCUUACUCGAGAUGGACAAUGGAAAUGGGUCCGACAUGUUGACGACGCGCUUGUCAUCAACGCAGGAGACAUGCUUGAGUUCUUCUCUGGCGGGCUGUAUCGCGCGACGAUACAUCGGGUCGUCCAACCACCCAAGGAUCAGCGACAAUACACUCGUCUAGGUGUGUUCUAUUUCUGCAAGCCGGACGACAGUACGAAGCUCCUGCCUUUGGUUGAUAAUCCGAUUAAUCCCCAAUUUAACGAAUCGAACGUGCCUACCGUGGAGGAGUGGCGAAAGCAAAGAACGGCAUCAUACGGGCGGACCGCUUUAAAGAAAGCCGAGGAGAAUGGGGUCGAGGAAGAGAUUAUCAGUGGUGUCGUAGUUAAACAUUACAGCUGAUGCUAUGGGAUAUUGGCAGCUACAAUCAGCCUAGUGUUUACGUAGUUCGGUUUUAAUCUCAUAUUCUGUAAAUGCAAAAAACCACCGCUCCAA